AUGGGCAACAGUCUGAAAGCCAUAGCUGCUUUUGUGCCCUCCCACGAGUGCCAGAAGCACCUCCUGGAAGACCUAGAAGAGAUGCCGGUGGAUAAAAUGGUGGAUCUGAGUGGCAGGCAGCUGCGGCGGCUGCCUCUGCACAUUUGCUCUUUCAGGGAACUGGUCAAGCUGUACCUCAGUGACAACAACCUGAACCAUCUGCCCCCCGAGCUGGAGCAGCUGCAAAACCUGCAGAUCCUGGCACUGGACUUCAACAACUUCAAAGCGCUGCCCCUGGUCGUGUGCACGCUGAAGCAGCUGUGCAUCCUCUACCUGGGCAACAACAAGCUCUGCAGCCUGCCCCUUGAGCUCCGGCUCCUGCAGAACCUCAAGACCCUCUGGAUCGAGUCCAACUGCUUGCAGUGCCUGCCCGAGGUGGUGUGCGAGCUCAGCCUGCUCAAGACCCUGCACGCUGGCUCCAACGCGCUGCGCACGCUCCCCGCCCCGCUGCGGUGCCUGCAGGAGCUGCGCACCAUCUGGCUCUCAGGCAACCUGCUGUCCGAGUUCCCCCCUGUGCUCCUGGACAUGCCUUUUCUGGAACUGAUCGACGUGGAUCGCAAUUCCAUCCGGUUCUUCCCCAGCCUGGCUCACCUCCCCGGCCUGAAGCUGGUGAUCUAUGACCACAACCCCUGCAGGAACGCACCCAAGGUGGCCAAAGGGGUGCGCAGGGUGGGGAGAUGGUCAGAGGAGACCCCCGAACCCCGCAAGCGGUCCGGGGCAGUGAUAGAAAUCACGCUUGAUGAGAAACCAUCACCACCUCUUGCCACCAAGCCCGAGCCAGAAGCAGAGCCCUGCUGA